CAGCAGGCGGAGCUUACCCGCACCAAGCCCAUGUCUUUGUGGAAGGCGGUCACUGUUCAGGCCUGGUUGGAAGUUGUCAUGGCAAUGCCCAUGUACAUUCGUGCCUGCUCAGAAAAUGUCAAGAGUGGGAAGGUGUUACUGGGCCUGACUGAUGAUGAUCUGGAGCUGGGUUUGGGCGUCAAUAGCCCCAUGCAUCGCAGAAAGCUCCGCCUUGCUAUCGAGGACUACAGGGAGGCAGAAAAUGGACGAGGGUUAGAAGUCACAUGCACACACGCAGUUGCCAGCAAGAGAAUAAAGCUUUCCAAAGCUGCUGAUAUGGAUCAUCACUGGGUGUCUAAGUCUUGGCUGAGUGACAUUGGGCUUCCUCAGUACUCACAGGUCUUUCACAACCAACUAGUAGAUGGCAGAGUACUGAACUCUCUCACGCGACGAGAUCUAGAGACGAUCUUCAACAUAACAAACAAGUUUCACGUAACCAGCGUUCUGUGUGCCAUUCAGCUUCUGCAAAUGCUUAACUUUGACAAAGAGACGAUUCAGACCCGUCGAUCUCAGUGUGAAAACCGAGAUUUGGACCCGGUGGUCUGGACCAGUCACCGUGUCAUUAAAUGGAUCAGAGAUAUCGAUCUUAAGUUUAGCUUUUUUAUGCAGGAAUAUGCAGACAGUCUUCAAAACAGUGGCAUCCACGGUGCUGUGAUGGUUCUCGAUCCGACCUUCAGUGCAGACAGCAUGGCCAAGGCUCUGGACAUCCCAAACAAUAAACACAUGAUCCAUCGUCAUUUAUAUGAGGAAAUGAAAGUGCUACUCAAUCCAGCCAGAACGAAUCAAGCCCAGGACUACAGGAAAGAGGGAACUCCUACACAUUCGCCGGUCUCAAACUGUCGCAAAACAGAAGAAGGGUUUUCUCCAAGACAGAAAACUGGCAAGAGUCCUUUGAGAUUCAAUCCAAUGGUCGGCAGUGGGCGGGACUUGAGUUUUCAAGGCUGUGCGUCACCUCCAAGAGAGGAUCGAAUUAAGAUCUUGCAAAGGACCAAGGGCAGUCCUAUGCAUGGUUACUCAAGCAUAGAAAUAACCAAUGUCUGAUGGCAACUGAUGUCUAUAAAGAAUGACCUUCCGUAAUCUUUACAUGGACCAAUUAUUUGUAAAAGUGAUUUGAAAAAUGAUUAUUUGCACUUUAGAGAAUUUGUUUUGGCAACGAAGUGGGCACUUAAAGUCUCGUAGAUGUCCUGUGUUUAAUAUUUUGUGUAUGAUAUUUUGUUACUAAUAUGAUACUUGGACGAACUAGUCCUGAUUCUUGUAUAUUUAGCACAGAGGAUACAGUCAGGACUGCAGCUAAAAUCAAUAGCACAUCGGAUGUCUAUUCCAUCCAUCAAGGUCAUAAUAACACACUGGAAUGGGAAAACAGUGCAGUGAAUAUAUUGUGAAACUGCCUCGGCAAAGUCUUUUGUUUGUUUUAGGACAUCUGUUGACAUUUGCUAAGAUAUGUUCUCAUAGUUACAUUUGCAUAUUAAAGCAACAGACACUUUAUUUGCAAUAAUGUGGGUAAUAUAUAGUCUAAAAGCGAUGAUUUCAUUUUCCUACAUAAUAAAGAAUUUAAGGGUUUGUUUGAUUUUCAUGGUCUGUCUUAUACCAUGCAUGCAGUUUAAUUUGUUUAGUGGGAUAUAUAUAUAUUCAUUGUAUAGUGACUAUCAAUGUAAAUGUACAAAAAGUAAAGAAAUGAUGAAGGAUGAAUUGAUUGGGAAACCUUUAAUGAGGAAUGAUAUGAAUGUAAGGAAAGUACAAUGCAGUGCACACGUUGCAGUUGUGUUUUCCAAGUAAUCCUAAAGGAGCCACAGGGCAAUGAGAGGAAAACAAGUUUUGCAGCUCGCCGUGCAACAGGAUUUGACUUUGACAUAAACAGCCUCUGUCAUAUGGGUAUAUACAUGUUAAAUAACCUUAUGUCAUUCACAAAUUCAAUCAAUCAUUAUUUUCAAGCUUAUCAGCUCUUGUUAAAAUCAUUUUUAAUUGCAAAUGCCAACUCUGAACUAUUUCUUUGAAAUGAAGUUAGAAAUUCUGACUCGUGUUGCACUGCAUACCAGCACUGUGAAAUGCAGAGGACACAGCUGAGUUGCAUGUGUGUUUUUAAGGAGGGUUUUGCAAUCGCUCAUUUUGAUAUUAUCGUAUGUUGUGGCAUUAGUGAAAAUGUACUUUUGAGAAAACGUCUGUAUAUAUAAACCUCAUAUGUCAUUGACACAAUAAUCUGUAUAGCAAAUUAAAAUAUCUUCAUAUA